GGUAUUGAAAGAAAACGUAAAGAAAAAAUGUUGGUCAAAGUAAUAAAUUAUUUUUUAUUUAUUUCACCUAACAGAUGGCAACAAUUUAUUUGACUCGAUGGCAAGUGGAAUGCGUCUGAUAGUAAGCUGCAUUUCUUCCUUCCUUAUCUUAUCUCUGCUGCUCUUCAUGGUCCAUCGGCUGCGCCAGAGGCGUAGAGAGCGCAUUGAGUCUUUGAUUGGAGUAAAUUUGCACCAUUUUAACUUGGGCUGCAGGAUGCCUGGUUUUGAUUAUGGCCCAGAUGGUUUCGGAACUGGCCUUACUCCGCUACAUCUUUCAGAUGAUGGGGAAGGCGGGGCAUUUCAUUUCCAUGACCCCCCACCACCAUAUACAGCUUACAAAUAUCCCAACAUUCAGCAUCCUGAUGACCCACCUCCUCCCUAUGAGGCUUCCAUCAAUCCAGACAGUAUCCUUUGUUCUACCCCAGAUGGUGAUCUCUCUCAGACAAUGCAGAGCAGUCAACCUUCACUAGGAAACAGCGAUAUAUCACCACAGCUCACAGAGGAAUCUUAUCCUCCCUUAGUUGGCCCUUCAUCAGUGGAGCGGGAAGAUUCUGCGGAUGGCAGCAUGUUCCUUGUACCUCCUGACACGCCCCUCAGUGAAUGCACACUGGCAGAAACUCUUACAGGAAGCCACCACAGUCACUGUUCUCUCAAUACCAUUGUAUAAAGGAAUAAAAUGCUUACUGCUGGCCAGAAAUAAUACAAGCAACUGUUUGUACACAGCUGUAUGGGCAAACACUAAUCCAUGGGGUGAACUUCAGAAGGAUGCUCUGCUUUCAUUUUGAACACACUGCAUUUAUGUUCUAGUAUAGGACUGUGCCUCUUGUUGUUGGGUGUCAUUCAUUCACUACUUGGUUUGUCCUGUAAAUAUGGAUUGUGGAACCUAUAUUUUUUUCCACUCGCUAUAGAAAAGAAGGUUCUAAGAAAAUUCUCUACCUUCUUCUAAAGAGAGGAAACAAACAUGGGAAGCUUUUCUGUCUUCUUUUUCUUAAUCACAGAGAAGAAACGAACAAAAAAAAAUCAGUGUCAGAGAAGCUUGUUGGAGUUCAACUGCCAUGGGAUCCAGGAAGGAAACCAACAAGAAAAGAGAUGGGGCAGUCAUUGUGUGAUCUGUUGCUAUCUCUUGUGCUCAUGAAAAACAGGUGGUUGAGCUUCUGGGGAUUGAAUGGCUGUGCUUUACAGAAGCAAGACCACCGAGGAGCUAAAACACAAGCCAAAGUGGUAUACAAUGUGAAACCUAUGACUGCCCCACUGCCUCCAAGCACCGGAGAGACUGGAGUGGAGGCUGAAAAGGACCUGCAUAAUGUUUGACUUCUGCUUUUUUUGGAAAUUGGUACUGAGCAAAACAAAACUGAGAUUUGCAGUUACAACUUACUUAUUUAACUGUAGCUGCAAAUCUUGUACUGUGAGAAUAAACUUCUGAUCCAUAAACAAGGAUGUGUCCAUAUAAUACUGGCAUCUUUUUA